AUGGGACGUGGUCUGCCAGGCAUCGUGCCUGACAGCGAGUACGCUUGUGAUACUGAUGAGGAGUUACACCAAGUUCUUUUUGACCAGGUCCGCGAGCUGGGAAGACUAUUCGUGCAUCGCCGCCUGGGAUAUUCUGUCAUUUCUUUCGAGGCCGAUAGAGUGGGUAGCGGCAUUCACCAAGCGGAUGUUGCCAAGGAGGAUCUCGUGAGAUACGCACAGCUCGCCAAUGCGUCACAGAUCAUGUAUGGCCCACUGAUUUUCAUCACCAAACUCUCUAUACUGCUGCUCUACCUCCGCGUCUUCGCCCCGAACCGAAAGAGCUGGCUGCAUAUAUUUAUCCAGUUCCUCUUGUGGUUCAAUGCCGCUUUCUACCUGGCAGACACCCUCAUUGAAAUCCUGGAAUGCGUGCCUCGGCAGCGGAUCUGGAACCCAGAUUCUCCCGGAAAGUGUUUGAAUAUACAGGUGAUGAUCCUGGCUACGGCCGUGAUCAACACCAUCUCUGAUAUUUCAUUGCUUAUCUUGCCAAUCUUCUGUGUCUGGCGCCUGCAAAUGCGGAGGGCUCAGAAGCUCGGCAUUUCGGCAGUCUUUGCUGCCGGUCUCUUUGGGUGUUUCGCCAGCAUCAUGCGGCUUGCGGUCAGCAUCCAGUACAACAACACACAGGACAAGACACACGACUGGUUCCCGGAAUUUCUCUGGACAUCCGCCGAAAUCUGUGCCGGCAUCAUCGCCAGUUGUCUCCCCGCCGUCCCAUCAUUCUUCCGGCAUGUCGGACGAAAAGCAGCCACCGUCAUAAGCAGCAGUCGCAGAGGCGAGUCCAGUAACGCGUAUGGUAAUUCGUCCAAGAGGCAGCAAUGGAGCUCCAGAAAGCGACCUGGAUGGAAUAGUUAUGGGGAGAGCCAUCCGAGAAGCGAGUAUAGGGAGCUGGAUGAGAUUCAUGGAUGGCCGGGCGGGCAUGGUGAUCGGGGUACGGAAAAUCACAUUCGGGCAGGUGAUAGCCCCAGGGACGAGGUUUCCAAUGCAGAGAGCGGGAUCAGCCGGACAGCUAUUUUGAAGACGGUGGAUAUUGAUGUCGAGGAGGCAUCGAUACGCUGA